ACAUAAUUGCACCAGUAGGAAGGAAACAGUUCUUUUCCAACUGUGCGCUCAAAGCAGUAGACUGGGAUACAGAGGUCACAAGCAGAGAAUCGGCGACACCUUUAGCUUGCUGGACACGUUUAACUCGGAAUAGAUCGUACCGUGGAAUUUAUAUCAAAAGGAUUUACGCCUCGUUCUGACUGUAUUUUCGCUAACUCGAAAGAAAAACAGCGAUGAAUAUUUAUCUCAGAUUUGCAAUUUUUAUCGUUUAUGGAUCAGUGUCUUUCAGGACAUCAAGUGGCGUCUCUGCCAAUACCAUUGACAGGCACGGGGAUAAGUCUCCUGUCCAAUUAGCUGUGGGCACGCUCCUCCACAAUGAUAAGGAAAUAAGAGACAACCAGCUAGAAUAUGACGAGGAGGAAUACUACUAUGAACAUGGUGAUGAGGACUAUCUGUCUGGGGAUUAUGAAAUUGAGUUUCCAAAAGUGGCAUUUUCCACCAAGCCGAUAGAUCUGCCCGUGGCUCCUUCCACAGACAGGACAAGGGAGGGCAAGAGAAAAGGAAAGGGAAAGAAGAGGAACCCCUGUCAGAGGAAGUAUAAAGACUACUGCAUUCAUGGGGUCUGCCAAUACCUGAGAGAACUACGAGAGCCGUCCUGCAUAUGUUUGCUUGGAUACUCUGGUGAGCGGUGUCACCUUUUCACCCUGCCAGUGACAAAGGAAGCAGAAGGCUACAACAGGACAAUAGCACUGGCUGUGGUGGCAGUGGUUGUGUCCUUUCUGUGUCUGACAGUCAUCGCCAUAUUAAUGGCCAUCAGGUAUCAUAAGCAAGGUCAAUACAACCUUGAAAAUGAGGAGAAGGUCAAGCUUGAGGCGGUCGCAUAUCCUUGAGAAUUUAGUGACAGACUAGGAGGAUGACAAUUCUACCUCAGUUCAUUUUAAGAAGAAGUUGAUCCCCAAGAGGAACCUGUGGCGAUGUAGGGGGCGAUGGGUUAUGUUUACCACGUAGGACACCUGCCUGGCAUGGUCUGACAGACCUCCUGAAAGACAGUCUGGAUAGCAAACCAUGAUUAUACGCGUGGGCCAUUUCCCAAUUGGAACAGAAAUCUCCAUUAACUAAUUGGGGCAUACUAACUUGACUGAAGUCAUUUUACAUGACACGGAGGAAUUUAAAACAGACCGAGGAGAGAAUUUAGGGAAUUUAGAUUGUUGUCAGUUGGUGUCACUACCAACUCAUGCCUCAAGCUAUCUCACGUACAGUAUGACAAUAGGGAAUUUAUUGUGGGCUCUCAGCUGUGUGAAGUUUUCCUUCUCCAUCUGAAAUUUUACAUUAUUUGUAGAAAAGGGUGCAAAUGGUGCCUAUGUUUCAUUUGGUCUUUGUAUGUGGUUUUUACCAGAAUUUUCAUUGUAAUAUUGGUGUAUUGUAUCAAUCAGUCCUUUAACUAAUGUAUUUAUUUAAUACUUAAGCGGUACUUAUUCAGAUUUGUACUUGCUUUUUUAUGUUCAGAGUGCACUGGCAGUUUGUUUGUAUGCUUCUGUAUUCUCUCAAAUUUAUGUUCAUAUGUAUUUAUAGUGUAAAACAACAUGCUGCUCAUGUUUUGAUCUCACCUUUUUGGUUAUACCAAAAUAAUAAACCUAAAAAAAAAAAAAAACAGAAACGCAGAAGAAAUUCUGAAGGUGAAAGAGCAUUCAUUAUGUACUUCCUUCUAUUUCACUGAUUGAUAGAGUGAGGAUUGAACCAUCAAUGAUGCUAGAAAUGAAACGUUUCGUAAAAAAAAAAUAGAGGAAUAAGGACAGAGUUUGAUGUAAACUGCAAUUUGAUGAAACAUCAACUUGAGAAAUGUUUUCAGAAUGAAAAUGGCAAAAAUAAAACACAGCUUUUCACAGUCAAAA